AUGUCGUCGAAUUCCGCAAAAAAGAUUGACGGCACUGCUAUUGCAAAGUCUAUCAGAGACAAUGUCGCUUCGCGAAUCCAGGUGUUGAAGACCAAACACCCUCGUUUCCAGCCUCAACUGGUCAUUAUCCAGGCUGGAGAGCGCCCAGACUCUUCGGUAUACGUGCGCAUGAAGGCCAAAGCUGCACAGGAAGUUGGUAUCCAGUACAGACACGUUGCACUUCCUGCUGAAGCUACAGUGGAAGAGGUUGUUGAGACCGUAAAAACUCUUAACAACGACGACGCCGUAAGCGGAAUAUUGGUUCAGCUCCCCCUUGGCGGACAUGUCACUGCUGAAGGGGAGCGCAAGGUUACGGAGGCAGUCAAACCUGAAAAGGACGUCGAUGGAUUUCACGCGUACAACAUUGGCCACUUAUCUUCUCGCGCAUCGGACCCGCUUUUCUCACCUUGUACCCCCACUGCUGUGAUCAGGCUCCUCGAAUCCACUGGCCAGUCUAUUUCUGGUGCAAACGCGGUCGUUCUUGGGCGUAGCGAUAUCGUUGGGAGUCCCGUAGCCUCGAUGUUGCGUAAUCGCGAUGCGACUGUCACCCAAUGUCAUAGCCGAACCAAGAACAUUGAAGCUAUCGUCAAAAAUUCUGAUAUUGUUGUCUCAGCUAUUGGAAAAGCAGAGCUUGUGAAAGGCUCGUGGAUCAAGCCCGGUGCUGUGGUUAUUGAUGUCGGGAUAAAUUACAUCCCCGAUUCCUCGAAGAAGUCUGGCCAGAGACUUGUUGGUGAUGUAGAGUACUCUUCAGCUGCUGAAGUUGCGUCGUAUAUCACCCCCGUUCCAGGAGGUGUAGGGCCUAUGACGGUUGCGAUACUCAUGGAGAAUACUCUCAAAUCAGCGGAACGACUAUGGGAACUCUCACACGAACGGAAGGUCCAACCUCUUCCCUUGAACAUUCUAGAGAAAGUUCCUAGUGACAUUGAGAUCGCCAUGGGUCAAACGCCUAAACCCAUUACUCAGCUUGCUCAGGAAAUCGGAUUAUCACCGGAUGAGCUUGAAAGCUAUGGAAAGUACAAGGCCAAGGUUGAACUCAGUGUACUUGAUCGCCUUGCCCAUCGUACGGAUGGAAAAUACAUUGUUGUUGCUGGUAUCACCCCAACGCCUCUCGGCGAAGGAAAGUCUACCACGACUAUCGGAUUGGCUCAAGCUUUAGGAGCAGAACUUGGUCGUCCCGCUUUUGCUUGCGUUAGGCAGCCCAGUCAAGGACCAACAUUCGGAAUUAAAGGUGGUGCCGCUGGCGGUGGAUACAGUCAAGUCAUUCCUAUGGAUGAAUUUAAUCUGCAUCUCACCGGUGAUAUCCAUGCUGUCACUGCCGCCAAUAACUUGCUAGCGGCUGCUCUUGAUGCUCGUAUGUUCCACGAAGCCACCCAAUCUGAUAAGGCAUUAUACAGUCGUCUCGUCCCAACUAAGAAAGGCAAACGAGAAUUUGCCCCUUUGAUGUUCAAACGUCUUCGGAAGCUCGGGAUAGAUAAGACGAACCCGAAUGAACUUACCCCCGAGGAAAUCACCAAAUUCGCCCGCCUUGAUAUUGACCCAGAAACAAUCACCUGGAACCGUGUACUCGACACUAAUGACCGAUUUCUCCGGAAGAUCACCAUUGGUCGCAACCCUACUGAGCAAGGUCAUGAACGUGAGGCUGGCUUUGACAUCGCGGUCGCCAGCGAGUGUAUGGCUGUCCUAGCUCUUGCUACUAGUCUCGAAGAUAUGAAGCACCGUCUUGGCGCUAUGGUUGUUGCGACAAGUAAACAAGGCGAACCCGUUACUGCCGAUGACGUUGGCGUUACCGGUGCUUUGACCGUGUUAAUGAAGGAUGCAAUAAAGCCAAAUCUCAUGCAAACGUUGCAGGGCACACCUGUCUUUGUUCACGCAGGUCCUUUCGCCAACAUCGCUCAUGGAAACUCUUCAAUCCUGGCAGACCGAGUCGCCUUAAAACUGGCAGGUACUGAGGAGGGCGAUUCGUCGGAUCGCGUCGGUUAUGUUCUAACCGAAGGCGGGUUCGGUGCCGACAUGGGUAUGGAGAAAUUCUGCAACAUCAAAUGUCGCGUUAGUGGACUCAAACCCGAUGCUACUAUCAUUGUGGCUACCACCCGUGCUUUGAAGAUGCACGGAGGAGGACCUGAUGUUACUCCCGGAAAGCCUCUCCAUGAGACGUACACCAAAGAAGACUUGGUCACCCUAAAGGAAGGAUGUAAGAACCUUGUCCAACACAUCAAGAAUUCACGCAAAUUUGGAAUCAAGGUUAUUGUUGCGAUUAAUCAGUUCGCGAGUGACUCUGCUGCCGAGCUUGCACUUGUUCGUGACGAGUCUCUCGCUGGUGGAGCCGAUGCCGCAGUUGUCAGUAAUCACUGGGCAGAGGGUGGUAAAGGAGCCCGUGCUCUUGCUGAAGCUGUCAUCACGACUUGCGAAGGCCCAUCGAACUUCGACUUCCUGUAUGACCUUAAUUUGCCCAUCGAGGAGAAGAUUACGAUCAUCUCCAAAGAGAUUUACGGUGCUGACGGAAUCGAAUUGAGUGAUUUGGCACGACAACAGGUCGAGACCUACACUCGUCAAGGUUACGCAGGCCUUCCGAUUUGUAUGGCGAAGACGCAGUACUCCUUUUCUCAUGACCCCAAGCUCAAAGGUGUUCCUUCCGGAUUCACCAUUCCAAUUCGCUCAGUGAGGUUAUCAGCUGGAGCUGGAUUCCUCUAUCCCAUUCUUGGAGACAUGCAAACCAUGCCCGGUCUUGGAACUCGUCCAGGGUUCUGGGAAGUUGGAGUCGAUGAAGUUGGCCGAGUUGUCGGCCUAUUUUAA